UCCUCCCUUGCUCGCUCGCAUCCUCGGAAUAAUCCACAUCUAGGGCAAGCUGGCUGAGAGGCGAUCACAGCUCAGCUCCUCUCUGCAGCCUGGGAGAAGAAGAGGCGGCACUAACCCUUUUCAACGCAGGGGGAAAAAGAAGAGCAAAUUUUGAGCGCACAGGAAGACACGGAGGGUCGAAGAGCAAGAUUUUUCCAUCGGAGGACACUGUUUAUUUAUACAUAUUGUUUAUAUAGCUAUAUAUAUUUGUACACACGCUUAUAGAUAUUUAUAUAUAGAUUCAAUUAUCCUUGUACAUAUCUGUACUCGUGCUCGUCUGUUUAUAUUCAUAUUUUUAUAUGUAUUUGUGUGUGUAAAUAUAUAUAAUGUAUAAGCAAAACAUAUAUAUCCAUAUAUAUGUCCAUAUAUAUGAAUUUAUAUGCGCAUCACUGUGAACCAAGAGGAUUCUCAUCUCAUCAGGGCUGGUCUCUGAUUGUGAUCGUAUACAAUAUUUGAUCUUCUACGCUCAAGAGGACAAAGACGCCGUGCCCAUUUUGUAGUUUUUCUUUUACUGUUGCGGCAUCCCGUCUCCCUCUCCAUCUCCAUUUUUUUCCCCCCCUUUGCUUCGCAUCCGAGAAGCUGAGAGCGACGGGAUUUGACAAAAGAGGGCGGGAAAAACUCUCUCAAAUUCCUGUGAUUAGUGCGCUUUUCCGCUGGCAUCUGUGUUCCGUUUAGCCCAUCGCGGCGCCGUGUGACAUCAGCCCAGCGUCCGCCCAGCCAGCAUGCACAAACACCACCACUGCUGCAAGUGCCCAGAAUGUUAUGAGGUGACCCGCAUGGCGGCCCUGCGCAGGAUGGACGCCCCGGCCUAUGGAGGAGACUGGCAGGCCGAGCCCUACGGAUACCCGCCCGGGUACGGAGGAGGCCAAACCUUACCCGCUCCGGCCUCGGGGGGAGGAGGCAACAUGGGUGGAGGAGGAGGAGGAGGAGGAGGUGGCGGCGGCGGAGGAGGAGGUGGAGGUGGAGGGGGCACCUUAGGGAGAAGUAAGGGCAAGAUGAUGUCUGGCGGUGGGCCUGGAGGCCCCAAUCCUAAGGGCCAAUCCAAAGGGGGUCCCAAAGUCAACGGCAACAACUCAAGUGGACAAGGAGGAUGGUGGCCUGAGUGCACCUGCACCAAUCGGGAGUGGUAUGACCAGGCCAACCCUCCCCCCAUCAUUGUCAACGCAGACUCACUAGAUGCAGGCCCUUAUGUGAACGGCAGCGAUGGCAUGUACAAGUAUGAGGAGAUCAUCUUGGAGAGGGGGAACUCGGGCCUGGGCUUCAGUAUAGCGGGAGGCAUCGAUAAUCCGCACAUUCCCGACGAUCCGGGGAUCUUCAUCACCAAGAUCAUUCCGGGAGGAGCGGCCGCCAUGGACGGGAGGCUCGGGGUUAACGACUGCGUGCUCCGCGUGAACGACGUGGACGUGUCGGAGGUGGUUCACAGCCGUGCGGUGGAGGCUCUGAAGGAGGCGGGGCCGGUGGUGCGCCUGCUGGUGAGGCGGAGGCAGGCCCCACCCGAAACUGUCCUGGAGGUUAACCUGCUCAAAGGGCCCAAAGGACUUGGAUUCAGCAUUGCCGGAGGCAUCGGCAAUCAGCACAUCCCGGGUGACAACAGCAUCUACAUCACCAAGAUCAUCGAAGGGGGAGCCGCCCAAAAGGACGGACGGUUGCAGACGGGAGACCGCCUUCUCGCUGUGAACAACAUCGUGCUUCAGGACGUGCGUCACGAGGAAGCAGUGGCUGCCCUGAAGAACACGUCCGAUAUGGUUUACCUCAAGGUGGCCAAGCCAGGACCCGUACACCUCAAUGACAUGUACGCCCCACCCGACUAUUCCAGCAGCCUGGCCCUCCCUCCAGCCUUCCCCACCAUGGUGGACAACCACGUGAGCCACAACUACAUGGGCGCCAUGGAGCCCAAGCCGCCCUACCCGCCGCCCCAGGUCACCCCGUCCAGGUACUCGCCCAUCCCCCGCCACAUGCUCGGGGAGGAAGACUUCACCAGCCGAGCUGAGCCAAUUUACAGUGUCAUCCACAAACCUGGGGAGGGCAAAGGUCCCCAGGCUCUCUGCAGAGGCUUCUGUCCUUCCCCUGCACCCUUGUGCCAAGCUCCACUCCCCCUCUCUGGCAGGGAGCCGAGAAAGGUGUUGCUGCACAAGGGCUCCACAGGGCUGGGCUUCAACAUUGUAGGCGGGGAGGACGGCGAGGGCAUCUUCGUCUCCUUCAUUCUGGCCGGGGGGCCGGCUGACCUGAGCGGCGAACUGAGGAGAGGCGAUCGUAUUCUUUCUGUGAACGGUGUGAAUCUAAGGAACGCCACACACGAGCAGGCGGCCGCCGCCCUCAAGAGAGCCGGACAGACCGUCACCAUCAUUGCUCAAUACAGACCUGAAGAGUACAGCCGCUUUGAGUCCAAAAUCCACGACCUGAGGGAGCAGAUGAUGAACAGCAGCAUGAGCUCAGGAUCCGGCUCCCUGCGCACCAGCGAGAAACGCUCCCUCUACGUCAGAGCUUUAUUCGACUACGACCGGACGAGGGACAGCUGCCUGCCCAGCCAAGGGCUGAGCUUCUCUUACGGCGACAUCCUCCACGUGAUCAACGCUUCCGAUGACGAGUGGUGGCAGGCCAGGCUGGUGACACCUCACGGGGAGAGCGAGCAGAUCGGGGUCAUUCCCAGCAAGAAAAGAGUGGAGAAGAAGGAGCGGGCCAGGUUAAAAACAGUCAAGUUCCACGCCCGGACAGGCAUGAUUGAGUCCAACAGGCAGCCGGUCAAAGUAAAGCGCAAAAAAAGCUUCAACCUGUCGCGAAAGUUCCCGUUUUACAAGAGCAAGGAGAAUAUUGUGCAGGAGUUGGUGGAGUCUGAACAAUGCCUGACGUCCAACACGAGCGACAGCGAGAGCAGUUCAAAGGGACAGGAAGACACAAUACUCUCCUAUGAGCCAGUCAUCCGACAAGAAAUCCACUACACAAGACCCGUGAUCAUCCUGGGCCCCAUGAAGGACCGCGUCAAUGACGACCUCAUCUCCGAGUUCCCUCACAAGUUUGGCUCCUGCGUACCCCACACGACUCGUCCGAGGCGAGAGAACGAGAUGGACGGUCAGGACUACCACUUUGUGGGCUCGCGCGAGCAAAUGGAGAAAGACAUCCAAGACAAUAAGUUCAUCGAGGCGGGACAGUUCAACGAGAACCUUUACGGGACCAGCAUCCUGUCUGUCAGAACUGUGGCUGAACGGGGGAAGCACUGCAUCCUGGACGUGUCGGGCAAUGCCAUCAAACGACUGCAGCAAGCACAACUUUACCCGAUCGCCAUCUUUAUUAAACCAAAAUCCAUCGAAGCCCUUAUGGAAAUGAACAAACGGCAGACGUACGAGCAGGCCAACAAAGUCUUCGACAAGGCCGUCAAGCUGGAGCAAGACUUUGGAGAGUUUUUCACAGCUAUCGUCCAGGGCGACUCGCUAGAGGAAAUCUACAACAAAAUCAAGUUGAUCAUCGAGGAGCAGUCCGGCCCGUACAUCUGGAUCCCUUCCCCGGAGAAGCUCUGAGCUCGCCACCCACCAUCGCGCCACCACCACCAUCUUGCAUCGCCGCAGAGUCCCCCUCUCCCAAAGCACCCGCCAUGCCUAAAUGCCCCCACCACCACCACCGCCCCUCCCCCGCACCUCUUUUUACAACAAUGUUUCAUAUAAAGUUUUAGUGUCAUCAUUCUGUUACUCUCUAAAUGGAAAACAAAAACAAAGUCUUAUCACCAUUGAUUACUGUGACUGUGCACCCCCUGCAUGAAUUUCUCAACGCCAUCCAUUACACACUGGAACGGAGACCCGUCUUUUCUUGGGGAGGGGUCAUGCGAAAAAACAAAAAAAGUGGGUGGGGGGUCAAGGGAAUCGUUCCUUUUGGUCAACGGAUGCAAGGUGGAAAUGUUUUCGUGAGGAACACGUUGAGAGAGACAGAAAAUGAGAAAGGAGAUGCAGGGGGGAACAGAGACAAAUCACACCGACUCGGAACACUUUGUAAAUGUUCAUCCAAUCUCAUUGAAAAAGACAAAACGUGAAGAUGAGACGUUUUGGGUUGUUUAUUUUUUUUGUUUUGUUUUGUUUUUGUCCUCUUCCCCCCAAAGUGACUGGAUGAACGGAGCCCUACUGACGGUACUGUUGUUUCUAGGGAAUUAUUUAUCAUCUCCACAGGAAGAAUCCCUAGAUUUCUAUUGUGACAUCACAAGAUGAAUAAAAUCCUACAGAUUUUACUAUACAUAUAAAUAUAUAUAAAUACAUAUAUAUAUAUAUAUAUUGAGAGCGAGAGCGCGCGUGAGAGAAAAACAGUUUUACACUUCACUCGAAUGGUCUAUUUGGAGGGCUUGUGAUUCUUUUUCUUUGGCUUGUGCUUUUUUCUUUUUCUUUCUUUUUUUUUUUGCGCUGAUCUUGGGUCAAGGUGGGGGGGGGGUGGAGACGUGUAAGUGGGCUCUGCAAAACACCAAACUGCCUUACAUCCAAUACCAAUUGACUACCUGUUGUCCUCCUCCGAGUGCAAUAGCACCCCCACACCGCAACCACCACUACGACAACAAUUGAUCCACCCAAUUAGGAUUUCCCAGACCCGCCACUCCCCAAACCCACCAACAAACUAAAGAGUGUGGAGCUGCAGACCACCCUCUUACACGCUCUGCCUUCCAAAGAGAUUUUUGGGGGUUGUUUUCUGGUUUACUGGUCACACGGUACUGUCCUAUCUGCUGCCAUGGUGGCAGCCUUAUGACGGGUAGAACAAGACAUUAAUUGUACUGGAUGUCAUGCCCAUUUAAAAAAAAAAAAAGCUGCUUUGGAUUGUCCAAGAAAAUACAACAACACUAAAGUUGAGCCUAAUUAAAAGCUUUGUGUUAUCGAUAUGAAUUAUUCAUGAUAUGCAUGGACGACUGGACUGGAUGGGCGAGGGGUUUAAAAAAAAAAAAAAAGAGAUCUUUGGGUUUGGGCUGAGCUCAGGAAUCUCAAACAUACGACGACUGCGAGGCCGCCCGAAACGCAGCACGACAAUGGCGCCCGCGCGCAAGCAAACAAGCUUCUUAUCGUGAAGCUCAACUGUGAAAGGGGAUCUUCUCUUCUUUUUCCUCCUCCUUCUUCCUCAGAGAGCCAAACCCCCUAACAGGAAGUGCCAACUUGGACCUCUCUGGGUCCCCCACCGACCUCCCCCUCCACAUUCCCUCCAUUUGUCCUCUUACUCUCCUUUGCCAGACAAGCAGCUGUCAUCACCUGUGUCUAAAUCCCCCUCCGCCGAGUUCAGGGAAUAACUGAAUGGAACACAGCCAUUUAUAAACUGUUUGCAGACUGUUUCAAAGGGUGUGCUAGCUGUACAAUGUAAAUAAGCCCCCACCCCCACCCCACUCACAUCCCUCCAGCAUAUAACCCCCACCCCUCCCUCACCUAUGCUUCAUGCAUGUGUGAUUGAAAAUGGGACAGAAUAUGUUUUAAAGACUACAAAUGUCAGGUAAGUCAAGUUUGAAGCUAUAAUUUCCAAACAGAACAACAACAACAAAAAAGUGCUGUAUUGUUGCUCUUAGUCUUCACAUGCCUACGGAACACAUCGGCGCUCCGUCAAAGGAGGGGAGGCCCUCUUGCCAAAGUGUCUGCGUGUAUCCAACAAAGGCAUCUAUAUACAGUAGAUAUGCUCACAAAAAGUUUGAGAUAUCGGGCUUUAGGGGAACAUAUCUAAAAUGAAUUCGACAAAGUUACAAAUUAAUCUCCUGGGAUUACAUUUUAAAGUAUGCCCCACUAAUUACGUUUAUUUUUUUACACAUUUAUUUACUUCACUUUUUUUUAAAAAACAUUCAUACGUGUAAAUUCAAAUGCGCACAGAAAAUACUGUAUUUAAGGCGCACCCAAUUCAAGUGUGCUGCAGAGCUUUUUUUUCGGAAAGGUCUGAUUUCUUUGGAUUCCAAUCAAACAGCGCAGAAGUAAUUUGUUGAAAGAACAUUUCACUUGAUAAAAUUAUUUGCUAGCGCUGAACGAUUUUGAAAAAUAAGAUAUUUUUAUUCACUAUCGUUUUAAUUAUAAUAGGCGAUAAUUUUUAUCUAAGGCCCUCGUCCUCUUUUUUUAACAAGCAAUAAAUUAUCUGCGUUACAAGAAACAAUAUCAGAUUUAUUUCAGAUAGAUGUAUUGAUCUCAUAGCUAAGCAAGAUCUUCUAAAACGAAAGCGGUCACUGAGCUGGGUGUCAUCAGUCGUUUACAACAGACUGGAGGUGUCACGAAAAGGCAUUUAAAGCGCAUUUUAGGUUCAUGCUGCCAUUUAACGCCAAAGCCCGAUCGCCCAAACUUUUUGCAGCGUCAUUCAUGAAGGAUGGAGUGGAAAUCCAAGCUGACUGUUAAUGAAAAAGCGCUCGCGGUAUCGCCAACCUCAGUCAGCCAUGUCCAAGCCCAAAGACUUCACUCUUUGCUCUUUCCAUUUUGAGGCUGUGAUGUUAUAAAAAAAAAAA